AUGAGCGUCAAGAAGAUUAGUAAUGUUCUCCUUUCAAGGCCAAUCAAAAGGGCCAUGCUACCUGCAAGGCUUACAUUUUUUCCUGCUAGGCAGUUUAAACACACUACACUCUUUCGCCGUCAUUUCAACAACGCAAAUUACGAUACAAUAGUUAAAAAUGCAGUACAUAUGAAUCGCAAUGGAGUUAAAGGUUCAUCUCUUGGCGGGAAAAGACUACCCUUUCGAACGAUUUUGAUACUUAUAGCCACGUCAUCGAGUUUAUCGAUGAUGCUAUACGCCACUAUACAAUACUUUAAAAUCAGGGAUGAGUUGAAUCAUUCCAAAGAGACAAACAUCGAAAAGUUAAUCUUUUUGCCGCUAUGGUUUAACUCAAACAUUCUAUGGAAAAAGACAUUGAAUUACCCUGAAGGGUUGCGUUAUAUCGAUUUGGGGUAUUACAGUUACUUGACUACAGAAAUGAUACAAAACAACAGCAACAACAGCAACGGGAGCAAAUCUGAUGUUGAAGAGUACUGUCAUGAAUUGCAACUGCACAAUAUAAAGUAUGCCGUUCUUGAAAAACUUUCUUCAAAUAACAAAAUACGGGCAAUAUUUGGACUACCUUUGAACCUCACUUUGGAUAACUCAAAAUUCAACAUUUGGAUUGAAUUGCUGCAUCCCAGUGUUUCAGGAAUGCAAAUGAAUAUCACCCAGAGCUCGAGUUUGAAUGAAAAGAGCAACAGUCUUGGUUUCAGGUGGGCAAUUAAAACUAUAAAUUGGAAUUCCAUCAAGGAUGACACGUUAUCACCAAUUGGGUUGGGCAUGGCCAGGAUCGGCUCCAAUGCAGAGACAAAGAUACACGAAAAAUCCAGUGGCAAGGUGCACGAAGUACAUCAAAGCAAAGAAAAAGUGCCAUUGAAUCCAAAUAGAGACUACGCGGUGAAAUUUCAAAGCGAAUAUGUUGUCACUGACAAGUCAGCAAACAAGCAGGGAAAGAUAAAGUAUAUUGGUACUAUUGAUUUUGAUCAUUUGUUGAUCAAUCGUGGCGUCAUCAUCACUGACAUUGAAUUGGUCUAUGAUGAUACCCUGUAUAAGAUCAUAUAG